CAAAACAUGGAUUCCUACUUUUGUAACGAAGGACAGCAAAACAUUUUAUACGCAGCGGAGUGGAAAAGGGUUGAUUUCCUGUGUUGAAAAUUGCACGAACAAUACAACAACAUAUGGUAGAGGAUAGAGGAGUCCUCGUGUGCGGUUCAGACGUGUUUUAUGUGUGAACGAUUGCUUUAAAGUCGAGAUAUAUGUCGGAACUGUCAAUGGUUUAGUGUAUCGUAUGGCUUAAAAUACGGCACGGCCUGCUUAACAAAUUACUCGGAGAAUCAUGAAUCGAGGUGACAGAUUAACAAGGACGGCUUCUGUCGCGUAUACAAAAGGACUUCUCAACAAUCCCGGGGAGAAUAACUGCUUUUUGAACUCGGCAGUCCAAGUAAGAUUUUCAUUACAUUUUAAAUCUUGUUAUCAACAAUUAAAAUCCUGAAAUUUUGUCUUGACUUUUAUCUCAUAUACAUGGCGUUUUAGGGCUCAAAUUUCGACUGUUUACUUAGGCAGUUUGGAAAGAUGAUUUCGUGAUGCUCUAGAAACGAUUUAGACGCCCCAGAUGUCAAUAAACAUGUCUUCAGGCGAAGUGACUGUUAACAGCAUCGCAACAUGCGCGAAUUUCAAGAUUUUUGUAAAAUUAUUUUCGCGAUAAUUCGUACUAAAUUUUCAAAAUAAACGAUUGUUGUACAAAAUUUUGGCUGACAAAACCAGAAACGGUCCAAUAUCGAAGAACAAUUACUAAGCACUUAUACUAUGAAAUUAUUUAAAUUGUUUAAAACACAAGGCAAUAAUUUUGUGCUUAAGAUAGCAGACCAUCAAAAUAACCUGACUUGAAAUGACUAUAUUGUACCGAUUUCCUUACUUAUAAAGUUGAGACACGGUGUAUUUUACUAACUUUGAGUUUCUUGGCUGUUGUGGCGGAAAUCGUGCUUAUAUUUUGAGAGGGUUAAGGCAGUAUAUUGUAGGUACAUGUGUCAUGAAGUUAUAUCGUAAACGUUUCAUUAAUUGCUACAAAUUACUUGGCAAUUUUUUAUAAACCGUUUGUAUGGUGUUUGGAAUGUGUUAAAAAGUUAAGCGUGUGGCAUUCAGUAUGCAUUAUGAAAAUCUGUGACAACUGAGAUGUAUAAUACUGAGAAGAAUUGUCACACAAUUGUCCAUACAUGUGUAAAUGAACUUAUAUUGAUAUUACAAUACAAGUAAUUAUAGCAUACAUUUUUUGGAUAUAAUUUGUCACAAUUGGAGUAGCAAUUGAUACACCAGUUAUAAAUUGUAUUAGUUACUUGAAAAACUUUGAUAACUUCAAUCGAUUGAAAAAAUGUAUCGGUGUUAGACAGAUGUGUAAAAUGGUUGGACACUGGAAUUGAAAGGUUAUUUUUUAAAUUAAUUGUCCAAGUUAAUUAACAUGUGAAACUCUCCUCCCCCGUUUAAAGUUGCCUUAUGUGGAAUUGCCUUGGAGAGUUACCAACAACAGAAUAGAACACAAACCAUUACAGGGUUGGUGUCGUUCAGGCCUUAAAAUAUCGGUCGGUCACGGACGUUGUCCGACCCAUUUGUGAAAUUUACAGCGUACAGUAGAGAGAAAGCCGCUGGACAUUCUGUCUGUCCAAGAAAAACCGAGCUUUAUUGUUUGUCCGACCCAAGUGACCUACAGUAAUUACUGUAACUUUGUCUAACUUUGUCCAAUGUAAAUAAAAAUGUACCCUAGUCCAUGACUAGAGGCUUGUGUGUUAUACGGAGAACUGGAGUAUUAAAUGUAUAAAAAGUGAACUGGAAAUGUGUAAUCGAGUGUUGGGUUUCGAUCACCAUGGGAUUCGGAAAUUUAUUGUCAAGAUUCAAGUGACUUUUCCAAAUUGUGCUGAUAUUAAUUUGUGUCUGCAAUUUCAUACAUUCAUACUCUGUCUAAUGUCAGAUGAUUUUACUUGUCAGGGGUUAGUUUUCAAUGCCGGAUUAGUGCUAACCCUACAUUAAAAUGUAACUCACUGUUUUGGUUUGGGUAUAUUUGCACUUCUUUUUACUUCAAAACUUGGAAAAAUAAAACUUCUGGUGCCAACCUGUAUCAGAUGUAGGUCCGCAUUGUUUUUUGCCAAUCUCAAUUUUGACUUUUUUGCGGGAUGCGGGUAGUAUAGGGGUGAAAGUGAACCAGUAAAGAUUUGAAUGCAUGAAUCAAACAAGUAAUGAUUUAUUGUAUUUAGUUUUUCAUGUGGUACAAAUUUCUAACUGGAUUAUGUGAUGAUUGUGAUAUUUCUAGGUUUUGUGGCAUCUGGAUGUAUUUCGUCGAAGUUUCAGAGAAAUCUCAGGACAUUUUUGUGUUGGCGAAUCUUGCAUCUUCUGUGCUCUCAAGGUGAUGUAUUAAUUGUAACGAUUUCAUGCUCAUCCUUUUAACAUACAUGUACAGUGUAGGGGUGCACCGGAUUUCAAAUCCGGCCAGAAUUCCGGCCGGAUUUAACGAAUUUUCCGGUAUCCCGCAUCCGGCCGGAUUUUCUAUUUUCACCUUCUUAAAUUUCUGUUUUCACCUUAAAAUAUUCACCAAGAAUGGGAUAAACCAUCAAUUUGGCAGCUUUAAAGUUUAAAAAAUACUUAAUAUUAUUAUAAAAUAUUAAGUUAUUAACAAGAAGAUAUUUAAAAAAGGUUUAAACACAAUAAAAAAUCUAAACUGACACUAACUAAAAAUAGUAAAAAACAUAAACUGCCAUUUUGAAUACUGAAUUAUCCCAAUUUAUCCCCAUUACCGGUUUUUGAAUACUGAAUUAUCCCAAUUUAUCCCCAAAUCCGGUGCACCCAUUUUAUGUAAUAUAAAACCAAAACCACUGCAAAUAGGUACCCUAAUCGUAGGUACCUCGCAUCCCCUAUAGUCUGUUGGGAAAUCUGCCUACCAAUGAGUGAAAAAACUCUAAACAACAGUCCUUGCAAUUUUCGGCGGCAAAAGGCAAUUGCCGCCGAAGAUUAAAUUAUCGGCGGCAAUUUUUUGCCGCCUACGAAUUUUUGUGUCACUGAUGAUACUUCACUGUCUUUUCAAUUCGAUUAAUUCUUCCAAGUAUGAACAUAUGAUUAGAAAAUAAGUUGGGAAAGUGAGCUAUUGUUUUGUGAACACUUUUAUUUUUGUGGCUUAUUUUAAAAUACAUUGAAAGUUCUGACAUACUUCAUGUAACUUCAAGUUUAAACAUACAUACAAUUUUAGAACAAUGUCCGUAGCGUAACAAAAUUAAAACUAAAAGAUUGAUAGCUGGUCUCAAUGUUAUUGUGUGUGAAACAAGGUUUCCUUGAAUAUCAAACACGUUUAAUUAGCAGAGUCAAGAGAAUACUAAAUAUAAAAUAAUUUAUGUUCUCUGUCAAAGUGUCAAUUUAUAGUGACAAAAAAUUUGCAGCCGAAUUGCCGUCGAACUUCGAAAUAUCGGCAGCAAUUUUUGCCGCCGAAGAUUUAUCAAAAUUGCGAGGGCUGAAACAAUGCACUUUAUAUGGUUUCAUCUUCAUUCACGACUGUAAAAUUAUGGCUGUUUGACAUUAGGCAACAAGUAAUUAACAUACGGUAUAUUGUAUGUAUCCUAAAAAUUGGUUCCAGUUCACCCUGAAAAUCCUAGAGAAAGGUUUAAUGAGCAAUAUACAGUACAUGACUUGUACUAAGUCUUGUACAUGUACUGUAUAUUGUUUCAAAAAUAGUUAGUCUCUGAAUACCAUUCAUGGAAAGCUAGAUGAAUAAGUAUUUCAAGAAAUACUAAUUGUAUGAUAUUAAAGCAAAAAUCUGGUAUAUUCCAAUGAAUCUAACACAAAAGGGACUUAAGUCUUUCAGAUUCCUGCUCAGUGCUGUAACUAAUAAAUGUCAUUUCAGCUAAAAUGUCUUAUGUUAUUUUCCAUCAUAAAAUUGAUAAAUUUCAUUUUCAUUGUUUUAGGUUAUUUUUACCCAGAUUCAGUAUAGCGAUGAGGCAGCUUUACCACCAGAUGCCCUUAGACAGGCAUUGGCUGUAACAUUUAAGGUAUUUACCGUAAUAAUUACUAGUCUUAUGUAUAAUAUUAUACAGUAUAUAUAAUAAUCUCUACCAACUCUAUAUUGUAACUUGUAACGAGUAGUGUCUACAUUAUAUGAAUUUUUAUAUACUGUAUUAAUGAAAUACUCUUUACCAACUCUAUAUUAUUGUAACUUGUAAUGAGUAGUGUCUACAUUAUAUGAAUUAUUAUAUACUGUAUUAGUGAAAUACACCACUGUAUUUGGAUUUUUUGGACUGGAAAGGUUGGAUACAUAUGCAUGCAAGCAGUGAUGGUUGAUGCACAUCUUAAUUCAUGAAAAUGCUCUUUCCAUUGAACUGUAGUUUUUGACACAAUCAUUUAAUAUCUACUGUAGUUUUAGUAAAAAUAUCAAAAAUUAACAAUUGCAUCGCUUGUUGAUAAUGGGUGCCUUGGUCAUCCAGGCCUGGGUUUCCAAAGCCAGCCCCCAGACAAACAUAGGCAUCAACUAUUUUGCUGACCUCAGAUUGCUCAGAAUGACAUCUUGUCAAAACUUUUUUCUUCAAGAUUGGUUUAGAAACAAAUUUGGAGUAGGGUUAGGUUAGAGUUAGGGUUAGAGUUGGUGUUUGGAGUAGGGUUAAUGUUAGUAAAUGCCAUUUAAUUAACUAAUUUAACAACAAAGAGCACAGUUAUUGUGUCAGUUAUUACGGUGGCAACCGUGGGUCAGCGGCUGCUAGUGUUUGAGCAUGCAAAAACAAACAGGCAUGCAUUGAUUUGUUUGGAAAUCCUUCUAGGCUUGGGUGCUUGUUAAUUAAGUGGAAAGUUGGUAUACAUAUAUUUUUUCCACUGAUCGACCCAGUCAGUGUGACAGGUGCUUGGGCCUGGUGUGGGGGCCCAUGGCUGGUUUGCAGGGAACUGCAACCCAUGAGAGUGGUAUGUAUGUGGAAGAGAUUAUUUCGCUGACCUCAGAGUGACAAAACGUAACAAAGCACUGGUUUUAACUGCAUUUAUUAUAAUAGAUAAGUAAAGGUGACAUCAUUCAUGUCGAUUUUUUAACAAAAUUUUCCAAUGUAACAUAUGUUACUGCAUAUAAUUUUUAAAGUGUGUAUAACAUAUUUCAGGUGUACAGUAGUUGCAUCCCUACUAUUGAAAGCUUGUUCAUUUAAGAGGAGAUUUUUUUGUAUGUUACGUAACACGCUUUCAAAACUAAUGCGUAUAAUAUAUCACUUGAGGUUAUGACUAAAUUCAAAAUUUUUAUUUUUCGAUACGUUUCUCAAUUGGCAAACAAACUUAAAAAGUGUGUUUAGUGCUUUAUCUGUAAAAUAAUGCUAAAAUGAAGAGAUUUUAGAUGAUACGCCAAAGAGAAAAUGAUGUCUGAUGUCCAGUAAGUUUUGCUUAUAUGACUGUAAAUAUGGAGUCAAUUUUAAAGCAUUGAUAAUUGCCAAUUGCUAAUAUUAUUUUAUGUUUCUCAACCGGCAGAUGUAUUUAAAAAGGUACUGUAGCUAACUCUAUAAACUAGAGAAUAAAACUAAAACAAAGUAAUUUUGAGAGGAACGCCAAAAAGAUUUUAGGUUUUGAACACUUUUCAUUGCAAAUAUGUGACAUUGAAAAAAAUUGCCUCUUAAUUAUUUACAUAACUGCUGUUAUGACUUCAUUAUUUUAUCUCUGUCUUUCAAGGAUCAGCAGAGGUUUCAGAUGCAAGAUAUGGAUGAUGCUGCAGAAUGUCUUGUAAGUAAAUAAUGUGUGGCAGCAGGGCUGGAAAAUGUCCAGCAGCACCACUGCCAGGAAAUGUUUCGCAAAAUAUCUUUGCAGGAAAUUUUCUUACAUCUUACAGGAAAUUUUUGUCAUCUUAUAUACUGGAAUGCCAUAUAAUUUACUUUCAAAAGCAUUUUGCAAGUUGAUAUUGUCUUCAAGUUGAUAUUGAUUUUUUAUCACAAUGUGAGGCACCAUACAUUCUCUGAAAUCUACCACAUGCAGGAUGUUUUAUAUUUGACUGACACAGGAAAUUUUUAUGUUUGGAUUUUGCUGCCAGAAACAGAACUUGGUGACUUGGGUAGGGUUGGGCGAUAUUAAAAAAAUCAUCUCACGAUUAUUGUGGAGGAAAUUAUCGCGAUAUUCAAUAAUAUCGAGAUAAACGCAAUAAAAACAAUGACAAGUAAAACAACAAAUUAAAGUAAUAAGAAGGCUUUUUCUUGUCUAAUAUUUACUGUUCAUAAACCUGAACUGUCUAUGCAGUGUCUAGUGUGUCUCCGCAUGCAGGCACAAAUGCCGUGGGGCACACAGGCGCAAGCAAAGCAGGCAAUUUCAUUGUUCAGCGGAUUAAUACAUAAAUAUUUAGCUUUUUAAUUCAGGAAAUAGUUUUAAUUCUUUUAAAAACUAUAUUUUCUAGAAAUUGAAGGAAUUUUUUAGGAUUUUAUAAAAGCUAUAUACACAUGCGAAGCAAUAUCACGAUAGUCAACGAGCAUGACGAUAAUUUCGAUAUAUCGUUGCUCAAGUUUCUACCUUCGAUACGAUAAUCGCGAUUGAAAAUAUCGCGAUAAAUCAAAAUAUCGAAAUAUCGCCCAACCCUAGACUUGGGUCACUAUACCAUACAUAAUUGCUUUUGGUUUUGCCAAAAGCAAAGGUUGAAAUUUGUUAGGAAAGGCCUGGACUCCAGGAAGCAAACUAUUUUAUCAAGAUCUGGUCAACAUGUUAAUAACGAAGCAGUGUCGUGCACAAUUUAUUUCUUGCUCUGUUGGCAAUCAUGCUCUGUUGGCAAUCAUGCUCUGUUGGCAUGUUGACCAGUUCACCUAUUAUUAUUUAUCAAAGGACGGACGUAAUGAUUCCUGCUAAGAAAAUACACGUCACAGAGUCCUUAGAAGAAACUAUAAGUUAAACUCUUCCAUUUUUGCACUUAGGAGAACAUAUUAAAUCGACUACAUUUCCAUUUUGCAAUGAACGAGAAAGAUGAAAUAUGUAGUGCUCAACAUUGUAUUUCACACCGGAAGUUUGCAAUGGAAAUUAUGGAACAGGUACUGUAUAUAUUAAUGUAUUGAUUAAGAUAUUUAAUUUGUUAAGUUGCAUAAUUUUUUAGCGUCUUCUGGACCUAAAUUUGGGAUUAGAAAAAUAGUCUGAAGGCAGUGGAGCUACUUUCGUAAACCUACAUGUAGUGUACUGUAGAUUUACUAUCUAUAACAACUCCAAAAAUCUUGUGAAGCUUUCUAGCUAACUACUUUUGUGCAUCUAGCCAUACGGUAUACAUGCAGUAUCUAAGCCUGGGGUUACUGGCUAAUAGCUUCAAAAUUUUGUGCAGCUAGCUAUCUAAACUUCGAGUUACUGGUAUACAACUUCAAAACUCAUAUUGAGCAUAGACGUUCUCUGGUUAAAAUAUUUAUUUUUCACAAGCUUUCGAAAGCUUGUGAAAAAUAAAUAUUUUCACCAGAGAACGUCUAUACUCAAUAUGAAUAAUUCUGGUUUCGCAUCAAACAUAUUUAAAUUCAAAACUCAUGUCGAGCAAGUUAUGUAAGCUUGGGACCGGUUGUUCAAAAGUCGAUUAGCUUUAAUAACCCUAGGGCAAAAAAAAAAAAAAUGUGGGUUUCCGGUUUCUUCUUUUAAAAACUUAGGUAGGGUAGGUCGGUUUUAACUUUUCUUUUAAACUUUUUUUUUUAAUUUUCCGAACAAGCGGACGCCAUUUUGUUUAGUCAGUGCUUCCACAUCCAAAGAUAAAUUUCCCUAAUAUUGCCUCAAAUUUCAAUUUUCCACAAACUUUUUCCUCUAAGUGGAACACUUACAAGCAUGAUCCAAUAAAAAAGUUUAGGGUCGGGAUUUCGACGUCCAAAAGCUAGGUAGGGUCGGGAAACCGGAAACCCACAUAUUUUUUUUUUUGCCUAGGUUAACCUAAAAUUCAAAGCAAACUUUCCAACAGUCUUCUAUAAAUUUGGAAAUAUUUCUUCGGAAAUCUUGUCUGGAUCAGCAGCUGUUUCGAAAUAAACAGACGUGGAGAAAUACAUCAACUAAAACACUAGGUUAAAUUUUACAACCGAGGGUUAGCGCUAAUCCAGCUACGAACAACCGUUCCCUGGACUUAGAAAAUAGAGAGGUUUAGCAAAGACGCGACGUGAAAAUGGCAUGGGCACAUCCAUAGAUGGACAUAUCACGCCAUUUUCGCGUCGUCUUUGACGUCGCGUCGUCUUUGCUAAACCUCUCUAGUUUAUUGACAACACGUAUGUCAGGCGUAGCUACAUAAUUUGACCGUUAACUAUGGCGUCAGCAGUGCUUGAAAACAAGAACGGAAGUCGAUGUAGUUUCACGUUCGUGAUUUCAGACAACCAGUUCUACAACGGCUUGUUUUACUUCCGGGCGGCAUUCGCGGUGAAUCAAAAACGCCGGUCACUUUCUUAUGCUCUCUAAUGGCAUAGACCUGGAGGUAAUGGCAUGCGCCCUCAUAGAACUAAACCUUAUUCGAAGAUUGGUUCACUCUACAAAAAUAAAAUCUACAGCCAUGAAAUGUGUUGUAUUAAGCCCAUUUUCCACUACCGGUAAGCGAAUUUGUUCGCGCGAAGCGAAAAACAAAUCUUAGCAAUGUGAUUGGUCAGCGAAAUCAGUUCCUACUCUUUUACUGUCCGCGCGAGCAAAUUCGCUUGUGGAAAAUGGGCUUCAGAUAAACGUUUACGGUUCUACAAGUUUUCGAAGGUUUCGACAAGUUUUUAGCUAAUUCAUGUUUCAAUUUUGGUUCAAAAAUUGUCCAAACAUCGAACAGCUAACAGUUGACUUAUAUAGGACUUGCAGUUUCCCGUUCGCGAUUAGCGAUCUGCCGUAAAUUAAAACGCCAAUCUGGCAAUCUUAACCUGUCUAAUAUUAUAGGAUAUUUCCCCACACAGUAUUCUGCUCGCAUCAAUCUAUUUUUACUUUAUUUCUGAACAUAUUGUAUUUAUUUAGAGUAUUUGUAGCUGUGGAGCAACCUCUGAGCCAUUGCCAUUCUCUCAGUUGGUUCAUUACGUGUCUGUUUCUGCAUUAUGGUGAGUUGUGUGUCUGAGUUAAAUUUUUAUUUUCCUUUUUUCCUUUUUCCAGGAUUUUCUCUUGGGUCCGUUUUUGCAGAGAAGAUUGAGUUUAGCUGAACAGCUGGGGUGAUUGCACCCCCCGCUAAUAAUUACUUAUAUUACUAGGAGUUAUUAUCGCAAGAAAAGCGCUACCUUUUUGCCACAUGAACUGAAUGCAAAAUUAACUUGUAUGUAGUUAUACACAUAUGUAUACUAUGUUUAUACAGUACUUCUAGAAAAUUCUCUCUUUAAAGGGCAAUUGUUUACUUUUGACCCAAUGGCCUUAUUUCCAUGUUUCGUCAUUGGUAUACUUUAUAAUUAUGAAACGAUGUUUACAAAAGAAACAUUCAUUUAUUUUUUUACUAUACUUAAACUUAAUCUCUUACGUACCUAUAUAAUCAUGUUUUGUUUAGUCACGAAGCAGACGUCUUAUCCAGCAAACUUAGAGGAUUAAACGAGGACAUGUUUGGUCAAUUGUUAAAAAGGGCUGUCAAUCAAGGAGAUCUUCGCACAUGUCCAGUGAGUAUAUGAAUAACAUGAACGUAGUGAUAACAAAACUUAUUUAACUUAGUAUGAGAAACGAGAAAUUGUGUUCAUUUAUCUAGUAUUGCUUAAGACCGUUACAGCCGAAGCGAAUUUCUGAGCACUAGAGUGGACACAACACAAAAUGCUACAAUUCGUAUACGUUAUCGAUACGGUUGAGGUGGAAAACGGCUUUUUUCCCCCUGCUCGCAAAGGGUAGUACAAUAGUUACUGGCGGGGGAGGGUGUGUUGUGCAGGAGUGCCUACAUCACCUCCUGUAGCCUUGGGGGUGCAAGAGAAGUGCCAAUUUUCUUAUCAAAUCCAUUUUGUUGAUUUCGAAACUGGCAAUCACAAAAACAAAGACAAAAUUACAUAGUAUAAUAUGAUGGUGAAAUUGUCCAGUCAGAAACUAAUGCCUUACAGUCAAUGAUUGCAGCUGAAUCAUGCAUGACCAAAGGUCGAUAAGCACUCCCAUUACCAUACCUGGCUGGAUCUUUUAAGUCGAAGUUAAGUCCUCAUUAAAUUAUUUUAAUUGCUUGAUUUCUUGUUAGGCUAAAAAUUGUGAAAGAAAGAUCAGCGUUCAGCAGUCACUGUUAAACUGUCCAGAUGUCGGUAUGUUGUUUCAUUAAUAAUAAAUGCACUCAUUUUCCUAUUACAACUUUUGUACAGCUGUUGAUCUAGAAGCGUCUGCCAUGCUUGUCAUCCAAUAUACAAUAUAUUAUGCAUGUUAAAAAGAAGAAGCUACAUGAGUCCUUUAUUUUCUGCGAAAGACAACUUGGGAAGCCAGGGGUAGAAAAAAUUUCUGGGAACUACAGUAGGAAUAUGCUGAAUUAUGAAUAUAUGACAAUUUGUUUCAAGUCCCAUGUUUUUUGACCAUGCAAUCCACGAAAAUAAGUUUCUAAAUUUACAUCUGGGUAAUUCCAUGGCAGUGAUGACAUUUUUUGAAACAAAAAGUUGUGAAGAAUUUUCAGAAGCUAUUGGAAACAAUUCUGAACUGAAAUAUUAAGAUGUACUUUAUAUGUAACAUGAGUCACGUAUAUUAUGUAGCAAUCCUUCUUUGUGUAGCAUGGUAUAGUUUGCCUAACGUCAUAAUUAUAGUCCGUUACUUGAUAGACAUUGUAUGUUUCUUCUUCGUAUGGUUCCCGAAGAAAUUCAAAGUAGUUAUAGGUUUGUGUUACCUCGUGUCACUUUAUCGUAACAUGAGUUGCACACCAAUUUAAGGCCAACAAUCUUAUCAUGUUAUAAUCAAAUAUUUAAUUUUUACUGUGAAUCAAUAGCUUACCAUGAUUAUUUGUACCUGCAUGCAAAAAUGUGACAGAAAAAAAUAUAUUAGUUAUUACACCAGAUCAAAAUUACUCUGAUAGUUUGGUUCAGAAUGUAACAUGAGUCACCAUGCAUGCAUGGAAUUACCCAUGUAUACGGUAUUUUUUUGGAGGGCAAAUUUUGUCACCCUGAAAGCUUGAGCCUAAGCCUAAGUAUAAGUAUACGAAAACAUGAACGAAGUUCUUGUUUUUUUCACGCAGUGUGCAUUGGUUUGAUCUGGGAUUCCGAAUGUCCAGACGUUACACAGAUCACCCAACUGUUGGAUUGCAUAGAUCCUGUUCUUCGCUUACCUGAAGUAAGUUCACUUUUUCUUAAUACGAACGAUUAUUUUUUGUACUGUACCGGGUGGCGCAAGAAUUAUUCCCCCUCUUCGACUUAUUGUAAUUAAAAAACAAAGAAGCCGUCUUACUCAAAUAAAGUUUAUUGAACGCAGUAAUGCCUCACUUAUAUUUUGAUGUAUGCCUUGCACAUUUCUAUAAAAUUUAGGCGAGAUAUAGGCGUUUACACUCAAGGUAGCGUUUUUGGAAGAAGAGAAAAAUGGUCUAAAGUGAUCUAUUAAUUUGCAUUAUGCUAAUAAAAUGGCCAUUUUUUGUUUCUUCCAAAAAUGCUACCUUGAGUUUAAACGCCUAUAUCUCGGCUAAUAUUCUAUAGAAAUAUUUAAGGCAUACAUCAAAAUUUAAGUUAGACAUUACUGCGUUCAAUAAACUUCGUUUGAAUAAGAUGGCUUCUUUAGUUUUUUAAUUACAGUAAGUCAAAGAGGUGGAACAUUUUUUGCGCCACCCGGUAUACGACUUGUUUACACUUUUGAAUGUUUCUUCAAGAAAAUGAUAGGGUGUGUGUGAAGAGUGACCGAUGUCACAUUCGGCUGUCGAAAUUUCAGUAUUUUGUGUUACAAUUGCAAACGUUUAUACUGUACAUGCACGGAUUAUUUUUCGGGCAGGCUUUUCCGUUCUGGUUAUUUUUCCUUCGGUAUUUAUUCACAUUGUCCGUUCGAAUUCUAAUACCUACUGUGUACAGUGUAAUGCGCAAUUUUUUAAAAUACAUGCAAGUAUACUGUAAAGCCAGGUCGAUUAAAAUUAAUGAAAUCUGCGAGUACGGUCUCAUUUUCAAGCGAUUUUGGUCGGCCGAUUUUAAUCGGACAAGCUCAGAUUGUUUCGAUAUUUCGUGUGCAAUGUGUUCCGAUUUUUAUCGAUUAUCUCACCAACUAUUAUUUAGUCUGUGACCACAUGAUUUGGUAAUUUUCGCUGAAUUUCGUAUAAUUUUGCUUCGCUCAUUUCAUCAGACAGGUUGACGAGGUUCGUUAUUUUUCGAGGUUCAUUGUUUUGAGGGGUCUAUUUGAGAGGUUCAUUAUUUUGAGGGGUUCAUUAUUUUGAGUGGUUCACUAUUUUGACGGGUUUAUUUGAGUGGUUCAUUAUUUUCAGAGGUUCAUUUUAGAUUCAUAUGACGUUCACGGCAGACCGCUAACCGCAAAUAGCAAACUUCUAUUUGUAUUUUGAGGUGAACACUGUGUUAGGCUUGUGUUAGCUGUUCUGAAAAUAAAGCAAAUUGUGCAUCAAGGUUGAAGCAUGAAUGACUUACAGUAGCUGUCGAAAACGUGUACAACUUGCCUUCAAAUGCGAUUCAAAAUUUGCGAUUGACGUUCUGCCGUAAACUAUACUUCAAUCUUAACCUCUAUAAUUAUGUAAAAAGCUUAUAGAAUUCAAAAAAAGCAAAAUUAUUUCCAAAAGCGUAUAUGUAUAUAACUGUAUAUGAUUUGAACUGAUUUCGUUGCAACUAAUGAAAAGACCAAGUUAAAUAAUUAAUCGGCAAAAGCAGCCAAACAAUUGAAACAGCAUAUAUUAUAAGGUGAAAUGUACAUUUGAUGAAGCGUCCAAGGUUGAAUUUUACAUUGAAUUGAAGCUUAUAUAGAAAGCAAAAUAACAUACCUAUAUACUAAGAUCGACUAAAAUCGCAUCGUGCGCGGCCCGGCUAUUUAAUUUUUUGCCUUCGAUUUUGUAUAGGUAUUUCCUCGUGUGGUUGACGAUACAGCAAGGAAGGUGGAGUUGCUGUUGGCUGGCGUCGUUACUUACUACGGCAAACAUUACUCCACAUUCUUCUACAGUAAUAAAUUGAUGACUUGGAUUUACUUUGAUGACGCCAGGGUUCGCAAGGUAAUUUGUUAGUUUGUAGAGGAAAACCACGGAUGGUGCGCACCCUCCCCCUAGCCCUGGCCAGAGGUAGUGCAGGGAGGCGGGCGUGCUAUUUUUCAUGUUCAAGCAAAAACACAUUAGAGGCAAAAUGAGAUACAAUAAUUUGAGUAAUAACUAGGUGAUGCCAAUGUGUAAGGUGUAUGGCUGAGAUGAUGCGGUGCAUUUGGUAUUCUGAAUAAUUGGCAUGUACUGUACACGGUCUGAAAUUUAGAAACACUCCCAAAAUCCUAACUAUAAGACCCUGUCAUUUGGUAAAACAUGCAAAUUCCAAUCUUUAUGUUGUCAAUUUAUUUAGUGCGGUUCAGAAUGGGAGACAAUUCGAAAGAAAUGUUGUCAAAAUCACUACCAACCUUUGCUCUUGUUAUACGUCAACCCUCACGGUCGUCCUGUGAACACAAAGACCGCUCCCUCUGAAGUAAAAGUUGUUGAUACCAAAACUUUGCUUGCCAGUCAGGACAACAACAGAUCACGAACGAGCUUCACAAGUGAGAAAACAAAUGAACGUAGCAGGAGCACGUUGUCCGUGCUGCACGAACGGAAGUCUAGUGGCGAUGUCGUAGACGGCUUAGUGUCCAGUUCCAGCAGUCAUUCUGUUGCCUCAGAUCGAGGUUCGGAAAAGGACGAAGAGGUGUCGACGCCAGAUCGGAAAAAGAGAGGUCGGUCGAUGAAGAGACUACGGGGUUUUGGGUCGGAUAUCAAGAGGGCACUUUCUCGUAGUAGGAACAGUUCGCCUACCCGUGAACAAAAUACAGGUACAUCAGAUACCAAGAGAGCGUUAUCUCGUAGUAGGAACAAUUCUCCGACGCACGAUAAUAGUCCGCCAGAUAUCAAGAGAUCAGCAUCUCGUAGUAGGAACGGUUCUCCAACCCCGGAAAGAAAUAACACUACGGGGUCUUUCAAUGUGGAGAAAAUUGAGAAAGUGAAUGAUCAGAAAAAACAAGGCUCUUGCGAUGAUUUGAUCAAUCUGAGGUGAGUGCUGUACUGGAGAGGUUUAGAUUUGACUUUCACUAAGGAACCAUUAACCAAUCGGGUUCAGAUUUGACAUCUGAUAAGGGACCAUUAACCAAUCAGGUGUGUCUGAUAUGUCCGAUUAACCAGUCAGAUGCGUACUAAGCCAGUCAGAUGCGUACUAAGCCAGUGAGAGGUAGCGUUAGCCGGAGUGGAAGUCAAGUCUGAACCUCGAUACUGUUUGGUCGUCCGACCAUUCGGAAAAUUGUUUAUUUGGGGAUGAGCCCCUGGUUUUGCCAUUUACUUAAAAUAUCCAAAUCUGGACCUUACCAAAUUCAAUUAGUAUUUUUGUCCUUUAGGGAGUUCCCUCUCUGACCAUCAAAUAAGCAAACUUUGUUUUAAAAAAAAUGGUUGGAUUCUAAGAAUUCCCCUACACCGUUUCCACCAGUUCGAGCCUUUGACUCUACUGCAACCUGCUUUCCCAGAACAUUGUCCUUGCAGGCAAGUGGCGAGAUGAGCCGGUUUAUGAUAAUGAAAUUGCCUGGCAAAACGGGCUGGAGAUCGUAUACUUGCCCGGCGCAUACUUUAUUGCACCUAAAAAACUUAUAAAGGUCAAAACAAGUAAAUAAUUAUAUGGAAACCAAGCAAAGUCGCGCGGAGAUCUCGUACCGGGCUAACCCACCUCAUUUGAAGCAAAUGACAAAUUGGCUCGACAAACUGGGCCAGCCCGGUUUACCAAGCCAGCCAGGAUCAUGUGAACAGCCGGCCAUAAAUAUGAUUGCUGCGGAUUGAAAGAGACACAACUACCUGAAAAUACAAGCAGAACUUUGAUUAUGGGGCUUCGGUGGCGCAAUCGUCAGAGCACGUGUCUUUCACCUCUGAUAUCGUGGGUUCGAUUCCCGUUGUGGACGUUAUGAUAUCCAUGCGAAAAGAGCCAGUCAACGCUCUGCCGAAAGUCGUGGGUUUUCUCCGGGUACUCUGGGUUCCUCCCACAGGGAAUGUUGACAGGGUUGGUUGGGAUUAGCCUCUAAGCUGGGAUUAGCCCUAAACUAACCCUUCCAUCAUAGCUCUGUUCCCUGAUCAGGCAUGAGUCGUAAGGUGGCUGCCAGAGGUGCCCCUAGAAAGCCUCCCACUCGAUCACGCUGAGCUGUGUCCUUCGCAAUUUAGCCUUGCUCUCAGCUGCAAGUAAGGAUUAUAAGCACCCCCGCCCCGAAGACCCCUCGUCGGGAGGUAUGUAAAUAUGACGACAUGGUUAACGCUUGUGUUAUUUUUAGCGGUGAUCCUAAACCCAACACAAGGCGAGCUUACAGUUCAGCGUCAACACGCCGUGAGAUCGAUGAGGUUGAUAGUGGCAUGGGUUCGGGUAGCAGUCAAGCCAGCUCACCAGCGACCAGUUCAGUGAGCUCUGUUGACACAACCACUGAUGAUCUUAUUGACUUUACAUCCAGAACUUCGACAUUUCCUCGAUCUGCGAAAGGUAGGGUCGGAUCUUGGCUUAUAUGAUAGUGUAGGUGUAGAUUUAUCAUGGGUAUAACCAACCUUCAGCCAUUUUCAAGAAUUGUGCGGCGCUCCGCCCUUCCAACUGGUGCGUGUUGUGCCGGAUUGGUUUUUGCAACGCUGUUAUUUAAUCGAAUGAUGAUUCAAGAUGGCGUCUAGCAAACAAAAACUCGCUAUUCUAACCUUAUUUACGGAUAUAGCUUGCUCACUCUUUCAAAUGACGUCUGCAAUAUUUUUGUUUUUGGUCAAUAUAUAUCGGAAAAGACGAAGGAAUAGAGGGCGGUGGCGGAAGCUGUCCGUAACGUUUCGCGAACGAAGCAAAAACCGAUCCGAUACAAUGUAGACAUAGCUUAAAUUAACUACUGUAAGGGUCUCUUAAGAUCCCGGCCAGGCGGGAAGGGAAUUUUGUGUUUGAAUUAUCCUGCCUGGCCAGCACCAGAAAUUCGCCAUAUGUAACCACUUGAUACCAAGGUUCUGCUAUAUACGAACAGACCACCCCUUCCCAAUCAAGGUUGGCUGAACUUGCGUUCUGUGCAUCGGUGGAAUCCCAUGAUUAAAUCAUGGCAACAGAGCAACGACCCUUGUAGUGUGUUACAUCGAGAAUUUUUUCUAGUGAUUGUGUCUUUAUUGCUUGCUCUAAAAUGGAACGUACAUAAUUGACUUUGCAGAGAAAUGGUUUCCAAUCAUUUCUGGUGGAUAAAAACAAUCCUGAUUGUGGAACUUUAACAAGCUGUUCGUUUUUCUCUUUUAGCCAACGAAGUUCAAAUGAGAUUGGACAACAUGAUUAACGAGGCUGAAAGUCUCUUACGAAGAUCACAUGAGUUAGAGAAAGGAGAUUUAGCGUUGUCGCUCUCUCUGGCAACAAAUGCUGCAAGUAAGUGGAAACUACAAGCAUGACAAAAAUGUUCUGCACACUUGGGUAUAAACCAAACUGUAAACCAAGCUGUAAAUAAUCAUACAUAUUACCAAAAAAUGUUUUCGUGUCAAAAUUCGACUAAGUUCGUCUUUCUCACGAUGACGAAUAUCCGCAAUUUUUGGGUGGCAUCUAAUUCUCGUUAACCAAUGCAGACAAUUAAAACAAUGUGAAAGUAAUAGGCGUAGGAAUGUAGUCGCAUAAUGACAUUUUUGCAUAAUGACAUUUUAGCAGUAAUAGGCGUAGGAAUGUAGUCCCAUUCCUGAAUGUUUUGGCACUGAAACAAGGCACAUUUUUUCAGACCAGAGGCUGCAUCGACGGUUUUGUUAAUAUGUGUUUUGCGGGUUGAUCUUACGUAGCUUCUGGUUUACCAAUUUCUUAAUCCAAUUUAGUAUUUGAAAAAAAACCUCUAAUUUAAUCGGAAAAUUUCAGACCGUUAUUUCAACAUUUGUACUUAAAUAUUCUGAUUCUUCUUCUUAAUAUUCUGAUUAUUAUGAUUAGUAACUUCAAUAUUCAAUAUUAUUAUUUUUAGCUCGAUUUCGCAUCGUCAUAGAAAACUGUCCGCCCGAUAAGAGUUCAACAUAUCUAGCAAACUUGAGGAACAAGCACAGUAUAUGUUUAGAGAGAUCCCGAAAUCUACAUCGUCAAAUUAGUGAGAGAAAUAAUAAUGCAACGACAUUGGCAUUCUCACAACAACAAAAACAGAAACUGAUUAACAAUCAGAGAGAAAGAGAUCAACAAGUUCUGAGGGAAAUGAAGCAAACACCUGCCGUGCACGUAAGUUGUGUUUUGUAGGCAGAGGGAGCAAAGGAGUGAGCGAAGGAGGGAGGGAGAGGGAGGGAGGGAGAGGGAUGGAGGGAGGGAGAGGCAGAGAUGGAAGGCAGGAGAGGGAGGUAUUAUGCCCUCGACCACAGGCGACCCCUCUUUCACAGGCUAUCUACCUCGACUCCAGACAGGUGAGAGUUUAAGCAUUUCUAUAGCAUUCGUUCAACCAUUCUCAGAUUUGCUAAAAUAUAUCGUAGAAAGUCAUUCUUUGUUCAGACAUGUACGAAUCCAGUUAAUGUGAGCAGUUACCUCGUGCGCAUAAAUACUGUAUAUGGCUUUGUCCUUCGCGAAUCGCUCUGACUAUUAACAUAAGUGUUUUAUUCCGCAGGGCACCCUACCAAGAUCUACUGUAAAAGACCGUGUACAAGUUGACGAAGUUCUUCCGAUGUCAAGCCGAUCAAUUAACGAUCUGUACCUCAAUAAUCACUCAAAUGCUCCAGAAUCGCCUUCGACUGCUCGAAGAACUAGCUCUCGCAGUUACCACUCGGGAACUCUCGGAAAUUCACGUGACGAUGUAUACUGUACACAGAAAAUUAAACCAGAUGUGUUGUGCUAUAGCCCUGUGCAUUAUGGCAAGACAAACGGUCUGAAUAAUGAUUUUGAACGAUUGAAUUUAGCGCCGCAAGAUCGGAAUACGACGGUAACGCACGUAUCAACAUCGUUUAUCCCCGUACGCAGUCUUCCGGUUGAGCAAAUGUUACAGACUAGCACAGUAUUGCCUAACUCGAGAAAUUUACGAAAUACUGACAUUCGACGUUGCUCUAUUUACGAUAAUAUGGAACUGAGUCCUAGUAAGGAUCCCCAAAUGAACUCAAAUGGCCCUCAACGUACCUCUUUACCUCCCCCGAAUUACCGCCCCCGCAGUACUGUGGAGGUUAGAGACAAUCGUAGGUCCUGGAAUACUCCAGUUUAUAUAGAGCCUCCGCCUUACAGUCCUUCCAGAACUAACCAGAAAGGUAGCUUGCUUCAACGCUUCAACGUUCCGGAGACGUCACGGUAUUCGGAAACUGCCGAAGAUGUACGACGGUUGAAUAAUGAAGCUAUGCUAAACUCGCGAAGACUUUGUGCGCGAUGUGACAGAAUUUUCGUGGAGAGAAACGCGACUUAUUGCCGGCCCUGUCAACAACUAAACUACAUGCUUCAUGAUCUUGAUAACACUGCUAUGCAAUAUUAAGAUCCGUACAUGCCUAAAGUGUGUGUUAGCGGGCUGGGGGGUGGAACUGAUUGUAUAUUUCGAUACGUAUGAGGAAGGGGGGAGGGUGAAACUACGAGCUAGCCCAGGGCAUGGGUGAAAUAUAGGUUAUAUCAGUAACCAUCAGUAUAUAUGUACAUAUUGUAAUUGUAAAUGCGAAACAUUUUUGUGUAAAUGAGAGUAUAUUCAUUGUUUAUACUG